AUGGGAAGAGCUGACAAGCUAGCACGGCUCAGGGAAGCCCGAGCUGCAGGUUCUAGUCGCCAAGUGGUUGAAGAGUCUGACAAUGACUCCCAAGUUGACAUCUACGAAGAGGUUGAUGAGGAUGAAUACAGAAAGCACAAGAGGGACCAAUUAUUGCAAGAUGACUUUAUCGUGGACGAUAACGGUGAAGGAUAUGUUGAAACUGGAGCUGACGAAUGGGACAAUCGCAACGAGUACGUUUCAGAAGACGAUGAUGCAGACACCAGUACUAGCAAGAAGGAAAAGAAGAAGCCCAAAGUUAGAAAGACAGCCUCCAUCAAUUCUUUCUUCAAACCUGAUACAACAGACAAAAAGCCAAAAAAGGUUUUAGACAAAGGUCUAGUUGAUGAUAUUUUGGAUUCGUUUGAAGUCAGUGCCAGCUCUUCGAAGAAGGUGUCUACCCCAUUUGGAUCCCUGUCCAGAAAGGAUCCAUUUUCUUCUGUGAGAAAACCUGGUUCAUCGCCCUUUGGCUCCAGCCCCUCGUUCACAUCCAAGGCUAAUCUGGUGAAAUCUCGCCUUGCUCUUGCAGACGAUGACGAGGAAGAUGAUGACUUGGGAUCUGCUUCCAAGAGGCAGAAACUCAGCAGUGAUAUCGAUGAACCACCUACGAAUGACUCCAUCGAUUAUUCCAUAUCCUCUCCCAGUAAACCACAAGAGAGUGCAGCCGAUAUAUCGUCUCCUAUUAAGCGGGUCAAGGCUGAGGAAUCAGAUUCUGACGAGGAAGUGGUGGUCUCCAGGAAAAGCAGAAUCGUGACCUCUAAGAUUACAAAAGAGGUUAAUCUUACUGCCACCAAGGAGGUGAAACCAAAGGUAGAGGCUUCGUCUUCUCCUUUUAGAAGCGCCAACAGCUCUUACACCAUGUCAUCUUCGCCUGCGAAGAGUGAUUCUAAGUUGGAGGCAGACGCGUUUGGCGAUGGCUCUAGUCUCAAGAUGUUCUGGUUGGAUUACGCCGAGGUUGAUGGUUCCUUAUUACUUUUUGGAAAGGCUGAAACUUCUUCAGGAGAGCUUGCUUCUUGUAUGGUUCAAGUGAAUGGCAUGUACAGAGAACUUUAUUUCUUGCCCAGAAAGUUUAGAAGAGUCUCGGAUGACGACGAAGGUUCUGAUGAAGAGGAAACCGAAGACGUCCCUGUGACUCCUCAAGAUGUUGCCGAUGAAAUUACCCCUUUACUGUUGCAGAAGUACGGUAUUUCUCAGUUGAAGUACAAGGCCGAACACAUGAAGUACGCCUUUGAGCUGCCAGGGGUCCCAGCUGAAGCUGACUACCUCAAACUUUUGCUCCCAUAUAAGACUCCUGGAUCAUCUGGAGAACAGAUCCCCGCAGAUCUAGAAGGAGACACUUUUAACCAUGUUUUUGGUGGCAACUCCAGCCUUUUCGAGAACUUUGUGGUUCAAAGAAACGUUAUGGGCCCAUGUUGGUUGGAGAUCAAAAACCCAGAGUUUGAUUCUAUCAGAAAUACAUCUCACUGUAAGGUUGAAGUGGCAGUGUCAGCCGCUAAUAAGAUCACUCCCCUGUCUUCUCAACCUGCUCCACCGAACCUGACUCUAAUGGGUCUUUCUACUCAAUCUGUGCUCAAUCCCAAGACGAACAAACAGGAACUGGUGUCGAUCUCUCUCGCGACCUUUAACAGCGUCCCGCAAGACAUACCCUAUGAUAAUGCUCCUGAUAGUGUGAUCACCCUGGUUCGACCAGUGGGUGCAAGUACUUUUCCUCCAGGUUUGACGCAAACGGCUCAAAAGGACGAUUUUGUACUACGGACCUUCCCCAACGAAAAAACUAUGCUCAACUACUUCUGCGCCCUCGUCACCAGAGCAGAUCCUGAUGUGUUUGUUGGUCACAGGUUGGAGAACAUAUCUCUCGACUUGCUGGUGCAUAGAUUGCACGAACACAAAAUCACGACCUGGAGUGCGCUAGGGCGUCGUAGUAGAAAGGCAUGGCCCGACAGAUUCGGUCGCAUUGGAGGGUCUGGCAAUAACGCCUUCUUGAUUCGUGAGGUAUUCCAUGGUAGAUUGUUGUGUGACAUCGCGAAUGAAAUGGGACAAUCUCUUACAGGAAAAUGUCAAUCCUGGGAUUUACCUGAGAUGUUCCAAGUUGUCUGUAGGAAGAAGCAUACUGCUCUUGAGAUCAACUACAGCAAGCCUCAGUACUCAGAGAGUGCCGAUGUGUUUCUUUCGGCCUUGAAGGAGAAUGCUGCCAAUGUUCUGAUAACCACUGAGGUGGCUUUUAGAAUGCAAAUCUUGUCGCUAUCGAAACAGUUGACAAAUUUGGCUGGUAACGCGUGGGCUGCAACUUUAGGUGGAACCAGAGCAGGUCGUAAUGAGUUCAUUUUGCUCCACGAGUUUUCCCGGAAAGGAUAUAUUGUUCCUGACAAAGAAUUCAAAAAGCAGAGACCUCAGGCACCAGUCAAUGCUGACGCAGAAGAUGACGAGGCUCACCAGACCACAAACAAAAAGGCCCGGUUCCAGGGUGGUCUGGUGUUCGAGCCCGAGAAGGGUCUUCACACUAACUACGUACUGGUGAUGGACUUCAACUCUCUAUAUCCAAGCAUCAUCCAGGAAUUUAACAUCUGCUUCACAACAGUUGCAAGAUCUAAGGAAGAUGAGGAUGUUUUGCCAGAGGUUCCAGAAGAGUCAACGGACCAAGGUGUUCUCCCUAGACUGUUGGCUGCUUUAGUGAACAGGAGAAGAGAGGUGAAGAAGCUUCUUAAAGAUCCAAGAGCCACGGCUGUGGAAAAAGCUCAAUAUGACAUCAAACAACAGGCGUUGAAGCUGACUGCCAAUUCCAUGUACGGUUGUCUGGGUUAUGUGAACUCAAGAUUCUACGCAAAGCCUCUAGCAAUGCUGGUUACUAACAAAGGAAGAGAGAUUUUGAUGAACACGAGACAACUGGCCGAAGGUCUGGGGCUUCGUGUGGUAUAUGGUGACACUGAUUCUGUCAUGAUUGACACUGGGUGCAAGUCUUACAAGGAAGCCGUGGAAAUUGGCGAAGACUUCAAGAUCAAGGUCAACGAAAGGUACAGACUUCUCGAGAUUGAUAUCGACAACAUCUUCAAGAAGCUCUUGCUGCACGCUAAGAAGAAGUAUGCUGCUCUCAAUGCUGUGAUGGUGGGGGACCAAGAGAAAGUGGCUUUAGAAGUUAAGGGUUUGGACAUGAAACGGAGAGAGUACUGUGAACUUUCUAAGGAGAUCUCUACUCAUGUUUUGAACAAGAUCCUCGGAGAUCAGGACUCAGAGACUGCUCUGAACGAGGUGUACAGCUAUCUGUCUGACAUGGCCACUAAGAUCAAGGAGCACACCAUAACAACAACAAAAUUCACGAUCAACAACCGUCUCAGCAAGGACCCUACUCUGUACAACAGUGCUGCAGACUCGCUGCCUCAUGUCCAAGUUGCGCUGAGGCUCAAGAAACAGGGCAAAGUUGUCAAGUCUGGUACCGUGUUGUCUUUCAUCAUAGUUGAACCCAAAGACGAUGAGGAAGCCAAGCUAUCACCAGCCGCAAGAGCCAGACCUCUCGCGGAGGUUCUGUCCAAGAACUCCGGUCUUGUUCCAGAUGCUUCCUAUUACCUUGAAAAGCAAAUUUUUGCACCGGUGGAAAGAAUCUUGGAGCGUAUCGAAGGAAACGAUCUGGUGAGAUUGGCCUCGACACUGGGACUGGACAGUCGUAGGUACGAGGCCAGAGCAAGAGCUAGCACUUCCACUGCCAAUAAUGCUUUGCAGCCGUUUGAGUCUUUGAUUCCUGACGAAGAGAGAUUCAGAUCUUGCCAAUUCCUGAAGAUCCAGUGUUCGUGCGGCUCCAGCUUCCCGUUCGGUGGUCUUCUAGCUUCGAACGACUACCAGGUGGUUUUUGCAGGUAUCAAAUGUAACAAGUGCUCGCAGGUGUUGCCGAGAUUGCGGAUCACUUCUCAGUUGGAGAGGAUCAUUCGCGCACAUAUAUCUAUGUACUACACCGCCUGGUUGGUCUGUGACGACCAGACAUGUGGAAACGAGACCAGACAGAUCUCCGUUUACGGAAGAAAGUGUGUCAGUGGUACGGGAAGAGGCAAAGGAUGUACGGGUAUCAUGAGAUAUAAAUACUCUGACAAAGAUCUCUACAACCAACUGCUAUAUUUCGAAUCCAUCUUCGAUGUGGAGAAGGCCAAAAAGAAUCAGUUGAAGCCUCUAAGCACCGGAGAGGCCGAUGUGGAAAACCGUCCUAGACAAAUCGGACAGAGCGAAUUGGCAGCUCUAGCCGAGCAGAAUGUCGAACUUUUCGGGACUUGUCGCAACGUUGUGGAUAAGUAUCUCAAUGAGUGUGGAAGACGUUACGUUGAUAUGGGCUCGUUCUUCAAGUUUAUGGCACAGCCUUGA